CGAGCGGGCGGGCGGCGCCGAGCGGCCGUUUCCUGUCCUGGUGCAUGGUGGUCGGACGGAGGAAUUGUUGGAAAAUUUCUCGGCGAGGUAGACAAUGUUAUUAGCUCAGAUAAAUCGAGACUCUCAGGGAAUGACGGAAUUUUCUGGAGGAGGAAUGGAGGCCCAGCACGUCACUCUGUGUCUAACAGAAGCUGUUGCUGUGCAAGGUGACCCUUCAGAUGGUGACAACUUGGAAAACAUGGAAGGUGUGAGUUUGCAAGCAGUUACCCUGGCUGAUGGCUCCACUGCUUACAUACAGCACAAUUCUAAAGAUGGUAAAUUGAUGGAUGGCCAAGUGAUACAAUUAGAAGAUGGUUCUGCUGCUUAUGUUCAACAUGUACCUAUGCCUAAAAGCAGGGAGAGCCUGCGUCUGGAAGAUGGACAGGCGGUUCAGCUGGAAGAUGGAACUACAGCUUUUAUUCAUCACACCUCAAAAGACAGUUAUGACCAGAGUGCUCUGCAAGCUGUGCAGCUGGAGGAUGGGACCACUGCCUACAUCCACCACACGGUGCAGAUGCCACAGUCAGACACCAUUUUGGCCAUCCAGGCUGAUGGCACAGUGGCAGGACUGCACACAGGAGAUGCUGCCAUCGACCCUGACACCAUCAGUGCUUUGGAGCAAUAUGCAGCCAAGGUGUCUAUUGAUGGAAAUGACAGUGUUAGUAGCACAGGAAUUAUAGGUGAAAAUGAACAAGAUAAAAAAAUGCAGAUUGUCUUGCAAGGACAUGGAACAAGAGUGACUGCAAAAUCUCAACAGACUGGAGAGAAAGCCUUUCGCUGUGAUUAUGAUGGCUGUGGAAAACUGUACACAACAGCUCAUCAUCUUAAGGUGCAUGAAAGGUCUCACACAGGAGACAGACCAUACCAGUGUGAACAUCCUGGAUGUGGCAAAGCCUUUGCAACAGGGUACGGGUUAAAAAGCCACGUGCGCACACACACCGGGGAGAAACCCUAUCGGUGCACAGAGGAGAACUGUACCAAAUCCUUCAAGACUUCUGGAGACCUGCAGAAGCACAUUCGGACCCACACAGGUGAAAGGCCUUUUAAGUGUCCCUUUGAAGGAUGUGGCAGGUCAUUCACAACAUCUAAUAUUAGAAAGGUUCACAUCAGGACACACACAGGAGAAAGGCCUUAUUACUGUACAGAGCCAGGAUGUGGGAGAGCUUUUGCCAGUGCAACUAAUUAUAAGAAUCACGUGAGAAUACACACAGGGGAGAAGCCCUAUGUGUGUACAGUCCCUGGCUGUGACAAACGUUUCACAGAGUAUUCCAGUUUAUACAAACAUCAUGUUGUACAUACUCAUUCCAAACCAUACAACUGCAAUCACUGCGGGAAGACCUACAAGCAGAUCUCUACCCUUGCUAUGCACAAACGGACAGCACACAACGACACAGAGCCCAUUGAGGAAGAACAAGAGGCCUUCUUUGAGCCAUCUCCAGGUCAAGGUGAAGAUGUGCUCAAAGGCUCCCAGAUCACCUACGUGACAGGUGUAGAGGGAGAAGAUGUCAUUUCUGCACAGGUUGCUACAGUUACUCAGUCAGGACUAGGCCAACAAGUGGCACUAAUAUCCCAGGAUGGAACCCAACAUGUGAACAUAUCCCAGGCAGACAUGCAGGCCAUCGGCAACACCAUCACCAUGGUGACACAAGAUGGCACCACCAUCACAGUCCCUGCCCACGACGCCGUCAUCUCCUCGGCCGGAACGCACUCGGUGGCCAUGGUCACUGCAGAGGGCACCGAGGGACAGCAGGUUGCAAUUGUGGCCCAAGACUUAGCAGCGUUUCACAGUGCCUCCUCAGAAAUGGGACACCAGCAGCACGGACACCAUCUAGUGACUACAGAAACUAGACCUGUCACAUUGUUGGCUACAUCCAAUGGGACACAAAUUGCAGUACAGCUUGGAGAACAACAGUCUCUGGAAGAAGCCAUUAGAAUAGCCUCCAGAAUACAACAGGGGGAAACACCAGGGAUUGAUGAUUAACUUGUAAAACUGCUACCAGAACAAUAGAGUGAAAGGUAUUUUAUUUUCAACCAACAAAGGUCCAUGCCAGCAACAGCCCAUAAAAACUUUGAAGUCCCCCACUCACUGAUACUGUGUACGCAUUUUAUGCAAGAGUGAAGAACAUUUUAUAAGUUUUGUGUACAUAACCCUUGGAAUGGACUGACAUCAUCUACUUCCAACCGUUGCAUUCAGGAAUAUGGAAUUAGGAUUUAUAUAGUAAACUUCCUUGUUAUCCUUUCGUCAGAUUUCAGACUCGUCUACAAGCAAGUAAAAAACAGAAGUAUUGGAAUUAAUUUUCAAUGUCAUGUUCAAAUAAUGAAGGCAUUACUGAAGAUUUCUUCUGUUUAAAUAACCAUUUCAGGAACCCUUACAAGUAAAAAAGGCAACAAAGCCUUUUUUAAUUGCAUUCCAUUAAUGGAAGAGUCUUGGAUUUUGAGCCUACUACUGUAAAUCUUCGUAUUUUGAUUUGUUUCAUACAGAUUUGAAUACUCAUAAGAUGAUCUACCCCAUCUCAUUCAUUGUAAAUACAGACUGUUAAUGCUGGAAGUGCUAAUUAUAUUAUCUUUAAAUUGGAUUAUGUACAAAGAACUGGUUGUUCAAUAUUAAAGAAAGUGAAUCUAAUGAUUUUGUUUCUUUACAUAAUUUUACUUAAGAUGUUACUCUCAAAUUAUUAUGCAAUAAAAUAUAGCAAGAUUGUAUUGUUUAGAUAGGAUGAUAUUGUCAUGUGACAUACUGUUUUACUUCUUACUGAGACUGAAGUUCAAAUUAUUUAUUUACGGCCUUGUAUAAAUUUUUCCAAAGUUUAUUUAUCAUAAACUUAAUUUUUUGGCAUUAAUUUUGAUCGUAAUUCACUAUAGUGUAUUAAGCAAAUACUAGUAAUAGUUAUUUCAGACGUUCUAAAACACUACAAGAGUGACUUUCUCUAAAAGGUGAAGUUACCCAUUUUCAAGUGAACUAUUUUCAAAUGGUGCAUUUGCAGCAAAAGUACAAGUACUAAUAGUUGUUUUCAACAGUUCUGAGUGCCUGCUGCUACCAGUAAGUAUGUAGGAUGUGCUUGAUAAUCAGUGCUUUUGAAAAUCAGGACACAAGUUACUAGAAAAAAGGGAUUAAUGAUGAUGUAUGUGCAAUGCUCCUCUCCAACUAUCAUUUUGUAAAGGAAAAAAUCCAUUGUAGAUAUGUCUAACAUAUACAGCACAAUGUAACUUUCAAUUUUUUUAUAUGAAGAAGUGUUUUUACUUUUGUCUUGUUAGCAAGCUGGUUAAGCAAGUUAAAAAUUUUUGGCUUCCUGUAAGAUUCAGUGCUUAUUUUAGAUUAGUGUCAAGAGCACUUCUGAAACUGAAGCCUCAUAUUUUACUUUCUCAAGGGAAGGAUUGACCAUCCUCUGGACAAAAUCUUUAUUAGGGAAUCCCAAGUAGUGUGAGGUGCACAUCCUACAUGAAAAAAUGAAGUCCAUAACUAAGUACCUUGAGGUAUUUGAUCUCAGAAAGGCCAAGUUUGAAUAGAAUGAGCUGAUUUAUUGUGAAUUACUAUAUCAGUGUGGGUUGCAGCCUUUUGUUUUCUACACAGAAGCCAGCUGUAAAUUGCAGUGAGAGAAUACAGUACUGUGGGAUAGAUGGGGACAAAGCAAAGGCUAUUCUCUGCACAAAUUACAAAGUAAAACUUGGAAACAUUUAGGUUGUCUGUAACUUUUGUAUAGGAUUGAGGUUGCUUGCUCACUUAGGUGCCAGUUUUCCUGAAAUGUUGUAAAUCUUGAUAUCCCAUGGAGAUAAAUGUACUAUGCAAGGAGGAUUAAUUGCCUGUCAACUAGAUCAGUUUCUUAGUACUUAUCACCUUUUAGAUAUUAAAGUUGUAUCAUUUGAUG